GCUCGUCGCCAUCUUUGUUUAUCAAUUAUCCGUGUGACGUCAGCGCUCCUGCUCUCGAGACCGUCCCCGGCUCACCAUGACAACCGCGGAUUUAUAGCAUCAGUCGGGAGACAAACCGUCGCCGUCGAUGCAGAGGCGGCGUUUAUCCUCCGAGGUCGUGUUCGAGAACAUCCCGUCUGGCGUCUUUUUCUUUCACGCUGGAAGCUCCCCGGAGCCGAUAGAGACCCCCAUGAGUGGGAGGCCAGCCGGAGCCAGAGGGAGAGGCCGUUUCACGGAGUGAACAACAACAACAACAACAUGGCUCUGCUUCAGCAUCCCCGGCUGCUGCUUCCCUGCGUCUCCCUGCUGCUCCUCAUCGGCCGCACGCACGCCCGGUCCCCUCAGAUAUCAGACCUGAAAUCCAAGAUAUCCGGCGUGGAGGAGCUCCUGGAGGAGUUCCGGAAGCAGCUCCAGCAGGACCAGGCGUACAGAGCCGCCGACGCCAGCGACUCCUGCGUGGGCGACUUCAGCGCCGCGGAGGAGCGCAUCAUCCGGACGAAGGCCUCCAUCGAGCAGGGGGCCACCUUCCUGCUGGCUCCGGACGGGGUGUUCACCUGGCGGGACUGCCUGCACGCCUGCUGCUCGCAGCCUCACUGCACGGUGGCGGUGGUCCAGGAGGACCCGCGGCGGCCCGGGGAAAGCCUCAGCUGCUACCUGUUCAACUGCACCUAUAGGGGUAAAAACAUCUGCUCCUUCGCGCCGCAGGAAGGCUUCACCACCCACAGCCGGACCCCGAACGCCACGCAGGGACACCUGCCCGCUUCCCACGGCGCAACCACCGGGAGGCCCGGGCAAGCUGAGGAGGACGACUCACCAGAAGGGGACGAGCCUCCGCGCAGCGACGCCGGGCAGGACGUGGUGAUCCAGCUGCCCACCGACUGGGCCGUCCUGGACGGCAGGGACAGCGUGGACGACCACAGGAUCACCCACUACGAGUGGACGCUCGUUAAAGGGGACACAGCCGUCAACAUGAAGGCGACCCACCCAGGGCUGCUGAAGGUCAGCGGUCUCCAGGAGGGGCUCUACACGUUCCAGAUGACUGUGACCGACACGGCGGGACAGAAGAGCUCAGACAACGUCUCAGUCACCGUGUUGGCGCCGAAGCACCAGGCCGAAGUUUGCACUGGCGACUGCUCCAACUACCAGUUCAAGUGUGACGAUGGCUGCUGCAUUGACAUCUCCUACGCCUGCGAUGGGAGACAGCACUGUCCGGACCGCUCUGAUGAGGACUUCUGCACAAAUUUUGAUGGUGGCCGUAAAUCUGUGACCCACCCUGCCGACCCUCCCGGCCCUCAGAGGCCCGUUGCAGAAACGGAGCGCGGUGGGGAAGCCUCCGCGCUUCCAGAUGGUUCCAGGAAAACCGUCGUUUCAGCGGUAGACAGGAGCAGGGUUGCUCCUCCAAAGACCCCGAGUGAGAACACGGCUUCUGUUAAUCAAGAUCCGUGCGCCGCCGCCCCAGUGGUCGGGCCGUGUAAAGGCACCUUCCCUCGGUGGUACUACGACCAAAAGGCGGGCGAAUGCAAACACUUUCUGUAUGGGGGAUGCCAGGGUAACCAUAACAACUUCCUCCAGGAGUCUGACUGUGUCAGCGAAUGUUUACAGAGAAGCUCAGCCCUGAAGCCAACAAGUGUGGCUCCUGCAGCCACCAAGCAGACUGAGACAGCUGCCCCUAAAGUCUCCCAAACCCAAGCGGCGAGUGACACAGUCUCCAAACCGUUUAAAGGAGGACACCCAGGCCCAGAGUCAGGCGCAAUCCUCCCUCUGGCGCUCGGCAUCCUCAUCACGGCUCUGCUGCUGCUCAUGAUCGGCUGUCGUCUCAGACUCGUUCGUCACAAGCUAAAGAAAGCGCGACCCCUCACCACAGAGGAGUCCGAUUACCUCAUCAACGGCAUGUAUCUGUAGCCUAAGAAGCCGGGCAGAGGCGGGAGCUAUAGCGCUUUGUCUUGCUUUCAGCCCCUCGUCUCAGAAUCGAACAUCUAAACUCUGCUGCCCUGAAAGCAACCCCCCCCCCCCCAUACACUGACUGACAACUGCAAUGCUGCUACCCAUGGAAUCAUUAAGACAUACUCGAGCUUCAAUCAUUGUAUUCAUGUUGUCUUAGGAAAACCUAAUUAUAGAUAAUAAAAAAAAUUGUUUGUCCUUGUGUCUGUACACACUGUUAAAAAUCUCUAUGAUUACAUCAGACAACCUGUUUACUUUCAUAUCAGACCUUGUUGACCUCUUCAUCUUGCAAGCCUGGCACAAAAUGCCAUUUUUGCCACUGGGUGUCACUAAUGUGCCAUAUUUGUGCCGCAUUUUUAGCCACAGUUAGCUUUGACUGAAAGACACAAGUAUUGGUGUGUCUGUUGACCAAAGCGUUCCUCAGUAAAAACCUGUUGGAGUCUGAACCAUUUAGGCCAUAUCAUGUCCUGUGAGUUACUUUACCUUCCCGUCUUUACAGCAUGUCUCUCUUUACAGCGCAUCUAGUUAUAAACCAUUAACAAUGUCUUUUAUUUGGUUUAAUGUUUAAAAAAAAUAAAUAAAAGUUCUAUAUGGGA